CUUUCCGCCGCCGCCGAGGAUGGUGGACCGCCUCGCCGACCUCCCCGAUGACCUUCUCCGCCGCGUGCUCCACUUCGCCCCCGCAAAGGAGGCCGCAUCCACCAGCGCGCUCUCCAGGCGGUGGCGCUCUCUCUGGCGCUCCUCGGGCGCCCUCAACCUCGAGGCGCGCGCACAUUGCGACGACCGCUUCCUCUAUGUCGGCUCUUUCGUCUCCGCCGCGAAGGCGGCCCUCAACUCCGCCGACGAGCCCGUCGCGAGGCUCACCAUCCACGCCACCGGCGACGCCUAUCCGUUCUGCCGGUUCCUGGGCGGCGGCUUCCACUCUUCGGAGGACCACAUCGGCCUGGUAGCCAGAGUCCUCUGCCACCCGGCCUUGCGCCGCGUCGAGGAGCUCAGUGUCACCGCCGUGGACAGCCUCUGCCGCCAAGACGAUGCCGGGUCCGCGCAACGCAUCUUCGCUCUCAGCCUCGCCUCCCUCCCGUCGGAGACCCUCCGCGUCCUGGACCUCACCAAUUGCAGCGGCCUCACGCCGCCGCCGCCGCCCGGCGUCGCGUUCCCGCGCCUGGUGUCGUUGCGUCUCCUGCUCUGCGCCGUGCCGCUGGACCAGCUCCAGCGCGUCAUCGACGCCGCGCCGGCGCUCGCCGCGGUUCGCCUCGAGGCCGUCGAUCUCGUCCCCGCCACUGGAAUUGAAGAUUGGGACGACGAUGACGAAGAAGAAGAAGGAGCAGGCCCGCCGCUCCGCCUGCGCUGCCCGUCCGCCACGACGCUCACGCUGGAGAACUGUCGCUGGCCGCGGCCGGACCGGGAGCUGGAGUUCGACGCGCCCAGGCUGCGGCGGUUCAGGUACAAGGGCACUCUCCGGCGGUUCUCCCUGAGUCCUCAACCGCGGCCCUGCUUGGCACGUGCAGACCUGCACUUGAUCUCUGAGCGCCCCUUCUCCUACCACGAUCCAUUCCAAGAGGCCCGAGACCGCGAGGUCUUCUGGCGAUCUGUUCAGAGCCUGGGCAAUGUCAAGCAGCUGAAGCUCAAAGUGAAGUGGCUCGAGGACAUCGCUGUGGUCGGCGCCGCAGAGCGUGCCAAGCUCCUCUGCCGCUUCGGUGGCCUGGAGCACCUCGAGCUGGAAGGAGCGCACAGGCCUAAAGGCAAGACCGCUGCGGCGGCGAUCGCGAACCUGCUCCGAUGCUGCCCUGCCGUCCGUGAGCUCCGGAUCAGGCUGACCGUGGAGCGAAGGGAUUAUUUCCCCGGUAUAUCUGAAUGUCCCCGUUCAUCAUUGUUGAGUGAACUUCGAGAUGAUUUCAACAAAUCUCUCGAUCGUUUCCAACACCACAGAUCACAGCCCGCGGUCUCCAUCGAGAGAGAACACGAUAAUGAUGUCAACUGUGAUGAGGUUUCUGAUCUCCCUGCCCUGAGCGGAGGGCGUCAAUUCAGCUGCUUGCAGAGCAGCUUGAGGUGUGUGGGCUUGCGAUCACGGAUGGAGAAUUCAGACUGCUUCGGAGCCAAGCUGAUCAAGUUCUUUGCCCAAAAUGCGGUCCUUCUGGAAGAGAUGCGCAUCGAUGAUGGGAACGCCAAGAUGCAUGAGCACAUGAUUCACAAGGUUGAGAUGUGGAUUGCUAGUUCAUCCCAAAGAGCAAGGUCUGACUCACCGGGUGGUACGAGAAGCUUUAGAAUCUUACCUCUUGAAAGGUUUGCUGGUCCGAGAGAACGGCCACCAUCCAACAUGGUUUGGACUAUCUUCAUGCAAUCCAACUGAUUUGAACCAACAGGAUGUCUUGUCGAAGGGCAAGAGGAUAUGCACAUAAACAACCUCCUAUCUUUGUAUUUGAGCUCUGUAGCAGAGAGGGCAUCCAUGCAACUAAGUGCGAUGAUUAUUGUGUAUGUUUGUGAGUUCAUUGUGAUGUUCAAUGACCUCGAAUUGAAGAUUCCUGUGUUUAGUUCUUGAUUUUUCCA